AUGAAGUGGCGACGCAAAGAGCGCGACCUUAAGGCACAGAUUCGCCGUCUGAGACAGACUGUAGACAAAUACAAGCAAGAACUUGAAAAGCUCAAAGAAGAUUGCUAUGUUUCCGUCUUUCUCAAUAUCCGCGAAAAGGCCAAUGAAAAAGACUUACAAGCAUCGAUCCUGUUGGAGCAAAUCCAAAAUUUUCAGAAGAAAAAGCCUGCAUGGACGGAAAUGACAGUACGUCACGCAGUUAUACUGCGAAAUCUCUCAACGCGAGCGUACGAGCAUAUGAGGACCGAAGGCAUACUUCGCCUCCCAUGUCGAAGCACGUUAGAACGUUUCAUGGGCUCUUCACGCGGAGAAGUAGGUGUGACCGACCUAGUCAAGCAGAGGCUGCGUGCAGAACUGUCUUCCUACACUUCUUCCCAGAGUAGAACGAGUUCACUCAUCAUUGAUGAAAUGAGAGUGAAGCAGCGGCUUCUCUAUGUAAAACAGAGGGAUGCGUUCAUCGGCGAAGUAGACUAUGGACAAGGCGUUCCUGUGGAAACAACAGAUGAGCCAGUGCUGGCAAACUCACUUUUGUGCUUCAUCCUGAGUGGCCUGUCAACAAGCUUUAGGAUACCAGUGGCUUAUUUUUUCACGAAAAAUUGCAAAGGCCGGGAGCUACACUUACUCAUGCGCCAAGUACUCAAGGAAGUUGAAGCUGUCGGCUUCGUUGUGGUAAGAGUUGUCACUGACAAUCACCGGAUAAAUGUCAUGGCAUUUCAACUUCUGUGUAACGGAACUUUGACGCACGUUCUGCCACACCCUGAAAAUCCAGACCGCAAGCUUUUUUUGGCGUUUGACCAAUGCCACCUGAUAAAAAACGUGCGGUCACAGUUUUUGGCUCGUGACCUCGGGAAAGACGGAGGUAUUACAGCAGAGCACGUAAAAAACCUCUACAGAAUGCAACAAGACAGCAUUGUGAAGCCAGUGAGGUUCUUGACCAGGAAGCACGUAUUUCCCAGUAACCUGGAGAAAAUGAAUGUCAGAAGAGCAGUGCAACUGCUGUCGCCUGCCGUGACUGCAGCCCUCAAGCUCUUCAAGCAGCAGGCGGGGCACACCUGCGAUGCAAGUUUUUUGGAUGUUGAUGAAACUGUUCAGUUCAUGGACACUGUCCAUCGGUGGUUUCUGUUGAUGGAUGUGAGCAACUGCUCACAACACAUACAUCAGAACAACCCAGACUGCAGGCAGUUUGACUCUGAGAGCGAUGAGCGUCUGGAGUGGUUAGAAACAACUUUCAUAGACUAUCUUUCUACCAUGAAACGCCAAUGCCUCGCAAAGAACUUUUUGACCAAGGAAACAUACCAAGGGCUGGUCAUGACUACGCAUUCUAACGUCGAGUGCGUUAAGUAUCUGCUGACAGAGAGUAAUUUCCUCUUUGUGCUAACUAGGAAAAUGUCUUCUGACCCCAUUGAGUCAUUCUUCGGGUGGCUCAGAAGGUCAGCAGGGAGCAAUGACCAAACAGAUGCCAGAGCUGUUCUGUCUGGAAUCGAGAAAAUGUUGAAGACGGGUAUUGCUUCCAAGUCGGACUGCAGUAACGUCGUCUCUGUUGAUAACAGCAGUUCUUUGUCAACGAUGCUACGAGAUCAGACAACCAUGGCUGAGCAGGCUGCAGGACAUUUCCCCAGGGAAGCGUUAACAAUGCUAUCGGAGAACCUGAACGAGGACAAGGCACUACUACCGACUCCAGAUAUAGCUGCUCUAGCUAUGGUCGGUGGCUACCUGGCAAGAGCUAUAGGGGAGAGGACCUCCUGCGAAGAGUGUUUGAGCCUCCUGACGAAGCCAAGCUCUUCAGCGCCGUCAGAUGCACUGAUUAAACAUCAAGACAGGGGCGGGCUCCUCUACCCAUCUGGAGAGCUGCUACACGUUCUGUACAGCUUGAGAAGGUACAUUGAGGUUGUACUGGCCAAAAAAAGAAACCUGAAGCGCCCGCUCAAAGAGGCCGUGGACAACGCUGCUAAAGUACUUCGAGAGCGCAAUCUUCUCGUGUGCACAGUGCCGGGGCACCAUGAAAAGCUCGUGGAUGUACUGCUCACAAAGUUCUUCCGUCCCAUUUUUACAAAUUUCGCCAUGAAAGUGACGGACAAGCAUGACUUCGUGAGGAUCUUUGAAGUGAAGCCACUUUCGCGAAAAGUACUAAAAUUGUGA